AGCGGCAGCGAGGGGCACUCGCUCCUCAGCCUUUUCCACUGCAUCGUCCGGAUCUCCCUCAUCUCUUCCUUCAUCUGCGUCUCCCUCCUGAGCAACACCCUGCUGCUGCUUGUGUUCCGGCGCAAGCCCCAGCUGCUGCAGGUUGCCAACCGCUUCAUCCUCAACCUGCUCAUUUCAGAUCUGCUCCAGACGGCCGUGGUGAUGCCCUGGGUAGUGGCAGGCUCCCUGCCUUCCUUCUGGCCCCUGAGUCAAAGCCUGUGCACGGCCAUGGUUACCCUGAUGCACCUCUUCGCCUACACCUCGAUCAACACGAUCAUAGUGGUGUCCAUCGACAGGUACCUGUCCAUCAUCUACCCUCUGUCCUAUCCCAACAAGAUGACAACCUCGUGGGGAUGCAUGUUCAUCCUGGGCACUUGGGUCUUCAGUCUGAUUCAGAGCGUCCCACCGGCCAUGGGCUGGGGGGAGAUCAUCUUCGACAAGGAUAGCUCUCUGUGCAUGGUCCUCUGGAGCGCAAGCCCCUCUUACACCGCCAUGAAUAUCCUGCUGUCCUUCCUGUGUCCGGCGGCCAUCCUGGUGGGAUGCUAUGGGAUGGUGUUCCGAGCAGCCCGAAGGCAGAAUGCCCUAGUGCAUCCCAUGCGGCCCCGGAGCCUGGGGGAACCGAUGCAGGACAUCAGCAUUGCUGUAGAAGAGCCGAGUGAGGAAGAGGAGGAGGAGGAUGGCGAUGCCAUCGUGCCCACCCCUCGCCUGUUCCAGAACAGCCCCCGGAAGCGCCGGACCAAGCCCAAGCCCUACCACUGCAAGGCUGCCCGAGUGAUCUUCGUCAUCAUCGCCUCCUUCACCGUGUGCAUCGGCCCUUACUGCCUGCUGGCUGCCGUCUCUGCCGGGGUGGGAGUGGCCCCUCCGUGGGUCAACUCGUGCAUCUUCCUGCUCUUCUUCAUGCAGUGCUGCCUCCACCCUUACACCUACGGGUACAUGCACAAGAGCAUCAAGAAGGAGCUCACCAUGGCCUUGCUCGGCCUCUUCUGCAGACGGCCACUCCGGCGCCGGAACUCCAGCACCGACAACAACUUCCCCAUGACCAUGACCAUGACCGAGACCAGGACUUUGCCUUCGCACUUCUCCCUGACCUCGGCCUGGAAAUCCUAGAUGGGCAGCCAUCACCGCGGCCCAGGCAAAGACAAUUCCGAACAGUUCAUUACCUCUGUAAAGUAAAUUAGUUGAUUAAGAAUGGAGGAGGCCCCGGGGGGACUUGAUGCUGUGAGCCAAGAACUUUGGGACUCUGAGCAGGACUUUGUCCCCCCCCUCCCCAACUCCUCCAACUUUCACCCCCCCCCAAGAUAUUUAAACACCAAAUUAUUAGAGAUAGCUCCUCAUAGACUGACUCUCCAUCUCAGAACUGUGCUCAGCAUUUGGGCCUACUCCUGCAGUUACAUUGUGUCAGCCUGGGUUCCCCUAGGAGCACCUGGGAGAGAACACAAGGACUUCUAGUAACCAGGACCACAGUAGGCCCCUGACAAUUACCUGCCAGAUGAAAGAUAGGUAAACUUACUCAUCAGUCCAGGUGAACUUUCCUUUCCAGAGCUUUUGAAAUGGGCCACAUGGGCCCACCAUGGAAGAAGGCCACUGCGUCAUGACCAGAGGCUCAGCGUGAGGAUGGAAUCCCAGGAAGAUCCCGUGAGGCUCUGGCAGCAUCAGAAAGAGUGGACAAAGCUUGUCCACUGAACAGGGGGAGGGAGGGAAGCACACCAUCACAUCCCAUUUGCUGUUGUCUUGUUUUUGUGGAACGGGUAA